UCUCAUCCUCUUUAAACCGAGUUCAACAGAACCGCAGCUUACACACGCCGACCGUAAAACAUCACAUUUAAAUAAAACGGGUGGACAGACGGGCCAGUCCUGCUCUGCCAUGGCCAGCACCAUCAAGGAGGCGCUGUCAGUGGUGAGUGAGGAUCAGUCUUUAUAUGAGUGCACAUACAGAGAGUCUGAUGGUGAGACAGAGAUGACGGCUUCAGCGUCCAGUGAAUUCAUCAGUCCCAAAGUUCAGCAUGAUUGGUCGGCUCCGCCCACUGGACGUGUCACGGUGAAGAUGGAGUGCGGUGCAGGAGCGGAGCAGGUGAACGGCUCCAGAAGUUCUGCAGAUUGUAAUGUAGGUAAAGGAAAAGUCUCUUCUGGUCCAAAUGUUCCAGUGACCUUCAAUAACUACAUGGAGGACAAACAUGUGCCACCCAUGAGCACCAAUGAACGCAGAGUUAUUAUACCUGCAGAUCCCAGCGUGUGGUCCACAGAUCACGUGCAGCAGUGGUUGGAUUGGGCCGUGAAGGAAUAUUCUCUUCCAGACGUGAACGUGUGUCUGUUUCACAGCGUGGAUGGGAAGCGGUUGUGUAAGAUGAGCAGAGACGAGCUUCAGCAUCUCACCGGCAUCUACACGGCUGAUGUUCUUCUCUCUCAUCUGCACUACCUCAGAGAGACUCCUCUUCCUCACUUGACCUCAGAUGAUGUUGACAAAGCCUUGCAAAACUCUCCACGGUUAAUGCAUGCGCGCAAUACAGGAGGAGCAAGUUUUAUUUUCCCAAACGCCUCCAUUUAUCCGUCAGACGCUCCCCGAUGUCAAAGCAGAGCAGACUUCAGUUAUGAUGCUGUCCGCCGCUCUGUGUGGCCUCAAACACUGUCUGCAUCUAAAGUUUCUCAGAGUUCUGCUGCUGUUAUGACCAAAGUUGAAGAGCACAGAGGCCAGCUAGAUCUGUAUCAGAUUUUGGGACCCACCAGUAGCAGAUUGGCCAAUCCAGGUUCUGGUCAGAUCCAGUUGUGGCAGUUCCUCCUGGAGCUUCUGUCCGACAGCUCUAACUCGUCCUGCAUCACAUGGGAGGGCACCAACGGAGAGUUUAAGAUGACCGACCCGGACGAGGUGGCCCGACGCUGGGGCGCGAGGAAAAGCAAACCCAACAUGAACUAUGACAAGUUGAGUCGAGCUCUGCGCUACUACUAUGACAAAAACAUCAUGACCAAAGUGCACGGCAAACGCUACGCUUAUAAGUUUGACUUCCACAGCAUCGCGCAGGCCCUGCAGCCCCACCCUCCAGAGUCGCCAGUCUACAAAUACCCGACGGAUCUGCCCUACAUCAGCUCAUACCAGCCUCAGAAGAUCAACUUCAUGUCUCCUCAGACGAUGCCUGUCGCCUCCUCCGCUUUCUUUGCGGCCCCGAGCCCUUACUGGAACUCCCCCGCGCCGGGCAUCUACCCCACCCCCCGCCACCCCCCCGCUCACAUGGGCUCCUACUACUAAACAUUUGACAAAUCUUGUUCCUUUGUAAAUUUUAGGAACGGUUUUCUGGACAGGGUUAGAAAGAGGUGUCAAGACAAGCUGACACAAAGCCUAAAAUAUGUCAUUGUUGUGUCUGGAGAUGGACCCAGUAGUGCUUCUUGUGAGGCAUAUUCAUCCUGUUCUAAUCGAAGAAAAACAGAAAAACUGCAGCGAUGAAACUCAAAGUGUCACAGAGUCGACCAGAAAACAGCAUUCUGAAUGAAGGCGAAAGAUGCAAAAGGCUGACAAUGAUCAUAAAUGCAUGACCAGUUACUGAAUAAUCUAUAAAUUUAAUGCAUUAAACUGCCUUAUUUUACUAAAGACAGAGACAGAGAGAGAGAGAGAGAGAGAGAGAGACAGAGAGAGAGAGAGAGACAGUGGGAGAUAUGUGAGGUGAGACAGUCAGUGAAUAUGAGAAUGACUUUUAUAUCUUAAAAUAUUAUGUUGUGUGUAAAACGAGAUAUCUGCAUCUUUCUUUUGUUCUGUAGAUAAUCUGGAAGUGUCGUUUUUUAAGACUUCAAACCUUUAAAGACGGAGGUUGAUUUUUAUAAAUCAGUGCCUUACAGAAUGAAUACCUGAUUGGGAUAUUAAUAUUAUGUUAUGAGUCGCGAACGCUGUGCGUUUGUAAGAGUAACAAUUCAAUUUUAUAUUUCUUUUCUAUAAUAGAUAUAUAACUUAAACAUUUACGAGUUGAUCUCAGCCGGCCAAAGACUUUUGAUAGAAGAUGAAGUGAAGUGUGGUCGUGGUGUUUGAAUGAAGCUCUAUGUUGUUUACAAGUGUUGGUCUCCGUUCAGAGAGAAUCUGAUGCUCUGAGACAUCAUAUACUCCAAAUAAAUUAUAUGGUUUUCCACUGAAUCAUUAUAAUAAAACAAUAUUUU